AUGUGUCUUUCCUAUCACAUACAAAACCAAAGCGGCUCGGCGGACGUUCUGAUAAUGUAUUCGACAUUACCAACCGACAACAAGGUCAAAAGAUCGGGUCAAACAUUCAGCCCAGUAGCGGACUACGCAAACCCACCCGAAUCGAACUAUAACAGAAAUGGCCGGCCUAAAGAUGACUGGUACCAUAUUGAAUUUGGCCCCGGUCUUAAGUACCAUCGCGAUUUAUUCGUUCAAGUUAUCUGCGCCGAGGACAGUCUCCGAGCUGCGGUCCAACGGGUAGAGAUGGUAAAGAAGAGAGUUAAAGCUCUUGAAAAAGCUGCGACUAUUGAGAAUAAUAAAACUCAGCUUGUCGACUGGGAGAAAGAACUAGAACAGCUUCAGCGGAAGUGCUGGAAGCAAGAGUUAAAGCUAUAUGAUCGCGAGCAGAUGAUCCCUGAGUGGCCCUUGAAACAGAAUUACGAUCUGCUAAGAGAGAGCGGGACAUGGUAUAUGCGAAAGGAGCUUGCUAAAGACUGCGCGGACCGAGGGGAGUACGGACACCUCGGCUCGAACGUCGGCUAUUUCUAUUUCGGAAUCACGAUUUUCGUUCUGGUUUUCACGUUUCUGUUCGUCCCUGAAACCGCACGCCUCACGCUCGAGCAAAUUGAUGAGUUUUUCCUCUCUGGGAAAAGGGCAUGGAGAACAUCGACCAAGAAGAAUAUUGCCAUUGCCCGUGGUGAUUUGCUUGACUCCGCAAAUUUUAAACACGAGGAUUCGGGGCCCGAAAAGAAUGCGAAGCUAGAUACGGAACACCGAGAGGUAGCAGAUGUGUGCAGAUAA